GAUCGUUUAUAAGAGGACCUGGACCCACCUGUUCCGACUCAGACGUUGCCCAGUUGUCGCCCAGUGAAGAAGAUCGGAGCGUGCGAGACCGAAAAACGAAAACUGGUCAAGAACCGAAUCAUAAACAAAUCAACUUAAAGCAUACAACCAUUUUGCAGAUGCCAGUUAAAUAAGAUGUGGAAAUUUCUGCUUAUUUGUGUGGUGAUGAGUGCUCUGAAUGAAGAAUCAUCGGGGGCUAAUCCAGGACCCACCCGAAGACGUCGUGCCUACGCAGGAGGAUACGCAGGCGGAUAUGCCAGUAGCGGAGGAGGAGCCGGUGGCUACACGGGAUCCUACAACAGCGGCGGUGGAGGCGUUGGACACAGCAGCUAUGUGGGUACUGGUGGUGGAGGCGGUGGUGGUUACUACGACUACGAUGACUAUGGUGGCAGCUCGCCCAACUUUGGCAUCAUCGAUCCGUAUCUGUUCCAUCAGCAGCUGACGAACCACAUUCUGGCUCAGAAUUACGCCAACCAACAAGCUAUAACGGGAUUGGCCACGGCUGGCAAUGCUUAUGCAUCUGCGGAUGCUUCUCUAGUCGACGACAACGAUAUCCGCAUCCAGCAGCAAAUCGCCGCCCAGCAGGCCUAUCAUGACAAUCUAGUGCGUCAGAAUCGUUAUAGAGGAGGUUCGAGCUCAGGAUCAGGAUCAGCUUAUGCAUCAGGAUCAGGCUCUGGAUCAGGAUCUUACAACUCGCACCGUUAUGCACCCAGCUAUGCCUCUGCCUCGGGAUCUAUCGGACCCAACGGCUACCGCCAGACGGCCUUUAUUAACCCAGCUAAUCCGGCUUCUCCCAACAUUGUGAAUCGUUUUGGAGGCGGAAGCGGAGGCGGUGGCUCAUCGUUCUCCAGUUCCAGCAGCUCCGGAGGAGGAAGUGGUGGCGGCGGUGGUGGCUACAAGGGUGUCUCGGUGUCGUCCUUCAGCCAUAGCAACGGAGAUGGAACCAGCCGACGUGGAGCUCAGACCACAGUGAACGACAACGGAAAAGUCACCACGUACUCAGUGCAUUCUUAG